AUGGAUCUGUCGUUUUCGGUGCCGCCAAUCGAGCAAUUUUACACUGACUUUGACGGCACCCUCCGCUGCUUCGACUGCGCAUUGGCCUACCUGGACUGCGUGUGUGUUCUGUCGCAAACCUCAUCGUCUUACUUCUCCGCGUUUUCGAAUGAGUCGUCCUUCUACGAACCGCCUACCGCCAACGAGCCUACGAGCGAUGUAGACCUUAGUGAGGUGCGACACUACCUGAGCGAUUCGAACUAUCUUCUUGUAGACCAUACGGUUCAAUGUUUCAACGAGAACGGAACAGUUGUUCAGCCCGCCACGGUGCAGGCCCACGUCGACGACACCUAUCUACCUGGGUAUCGCCAACUCCCAGCUUCUCCAGGAUCACAAAACAUCCAACACAAGCGGCAGCCGCCACGAAAGAAUGGGUUUGUUUGUGCCUUUGAGGGUUGCCACAAGGCGUUCGACCGCAAUUGUGAAUUGAAUCGCCAUCUCAAGAUCCACCUUGGUCGUAAUGAGAGGCCUCACAGAUGCAAGUUCUGCGCUGAGGGGUUUCUUUACCCCAAGGACCUGACUCGUCACCAGCGGAAGCACGUGGAGCAAGCUUCGGCCAAAGUCACCUUUCACUGUCAGGUCUACGGCUGCAGCAACACUGAAGGAUUCUCUCGUCGCGACAACCUUCUUCGCCACCACCGUCGACAGCACGACGGGGUCGCCUCGCCUCUUGCGUAG